CUACAUAGCAUAAAAAAGUUGUGGCUGCAAAUUCUCUACAAAUUUUCAUGUAUCCCCCACUCAACCAAUCCUCGUCAUUUGUUCUAAUCUCUCUCUCCUUGGACCUUUGUCUCAGUGUCACUAUUUUCUCAUUGCAACUUGAGUGAAAAAUCAAAAAACAACCAAAUUUAGAAUUUCUUGGAAAACAAAACUACUCUUAAAGUUAUGCUAUAUUUUUGGAAAAGGAUAAUUUAUUAAACUCUGCAUUUUUUUUUUUCAUUGUAUUUCAUCUCUUUAUGGCCUAAAAUCUUCAUCAAUAUAGAAAACAAAUAAAGGGUAGGAAGAAAAACUCCUUUUUUGUGUGAAGAUGUCAUCAAGUGGUGGUGGAUGCAGUAUAGUUUGGUUCAGAAGAGAUCUGAGGGUAGAGGAUAACCCUGCACUAGCAGCAGGUGUUAGAGCAGGUGCUGUAGUUGGUGUUUUUAUAUGGGCACCUGAAGAAGAAGGACAAUAUUAUCCUGGUAGGGUUUCAAGAUGGUGGCUUAAGAAUAGUUUGGCUCAUCUUGAUUCAUCUUUGAGAAAUCUUGGUACUCCUCUUGUUACCAAAAGAUCAACUGAUAGUGUUUCUUCUUUGUUGGAAGUUGUUAAAUCCACUGGAGCCACUCAAAUCUUCUUCAACCAUUUAUAUGAUCCAUUGUCACUUGUAAGGGAUCAUAGAGCAAAGGAAAUUCUAACGGCUCAAGGGAUUACCGUACGUUCGUUCAACUCAGAUUUAUUGUAUGAACCAUGGGAUGUGAACGAUGAAAAUGGCCAACCGUUCACAACUUUUGAUUCUUUUUGGGAAAGAUGCCUUAGCAUGCCUUAUGACCCACAAGCACCUCUUCUCCCACCUAAAAGAAUUAUUCCAGGUGAUGUAUCAAAGUGUCCUUCUGAUACAUUGGUUUUUGAAGACGAUUUAGAGAAAGCGAGCAACGCACUUCUUGCUCGAGCAUGGUCACCAGGGUGGAGUAAUGCAAACAAGGCAUUAACAACCUUCAUAAACGGUCCACUGAUCGAGUACUCUAAGAAUCGAAGGAAAGCAGACAGUGCCACAACCUCAUUUCUCUCUCCACAUUUGCAUUUCGGAGAAGUUAGUGUCAAAAAAGUAUUCCAUCUUGUCCGAAUCAAACAAGUCUUUUGGGCGAAUGAAGGAAAUGAAGCCGGCGAAGAAAGUGUUAACUUGUUUCUCAAGUCAAUUGGUCUUAGAGAGUAUUCAAGGUACAUUAGUUUCAACCACCCUUAUAGUCAUGAAAGGCCUCUACUUGGACACCUUAAGUUUUUCCCUUGGGUGGUGAAUGAAGGAUAUUUUAAGGCAUGGAGACAAGGAAGGACCGGUUACCCUUUGGUGGACGCUGGAAUGAGAGAGUUGUGGGCAACUGGUUGGCUACACGAUCGGAUCCGUGUUGUCGUUUCUAGUUUCUUUGUCAAGGUUUUGCAGCUUCCUUGGAGAUGGGGGAUGAAAUAUUUUUGGGAUACCCUUUUGGAUGCUGAUCUCGAGAGUGAUGCUCUUGGUUGGCAGUAUAUAUCUGGUACUCUACCUGAUGGUCGUGAAUUCGACAGAAUCGAUAAUCCACAGUUUGAGGGAUACAAGUGUGAUCCGAAUGGAGAAUAUGUGCGACGUUGGCUUCCUGAACUUGCAAGAUUACCAACCGAAUGGAUACAUCAUCCAUGGAAUGCACCAGAAUCAGUACUCCAAGCUGCUGGUAUUGAACUUGGCUCAAACUACCCUCUUCCAAUUGUGGAAAUAGAUGCAGCAACAGUGAGGCUCGAGGAAGCACUUAUACAGAUGUGGCAACUAGAAGCAGCUUCAAGAGCUGCAGCAGAAAACGGAACCGAAGAAGGUCUUGGAGACUCAGCUGAAUCAACACCUAUUGCUUUUCCUCAGGACAUACAAAUGGAGGAAAGACAUGAACCUAUUAGGAACAAUGCACCUCACGGUACUCGGCGCUACCAGGAUCAAAUGGUACCAAGUAUGACUUCUUCUAGAGUGAGAGUCGAAGAAGAAGAAACUUCUUCGGUUCGAAACUCGGCUGGAGACAGCAGAGCUGAAGUGCCAACAAAUGCAAAUGCAAGAGAGGCGAUGAACCAAGGAGCGUUGCAGAAUGGGAAUAGAAACACUAGACAAAGGCAUAAUCCUACAACUACAUUUUGGCUGAGAAAUGCAGCUGAAGAUUCCACAGCAGAAUCUUCAAGUAGUACUAGGAGAGAAAGAGAUGGAGGUGUUGUUCCAGAGUGGUCGCCGCAGGCUUCUAACUUCUCUGAUCAAUAUGUAGAUGAUGAAAAUGGUAUAGGAGCUACUUCUCCUUACUUGCAGAGGCAUCCACAGUCUCACCAAUUGAUGAGUUGGACACGCCUACCUCAAACUGGAAAAUGAUGACGUCGUCUAAUCCAUGUAAUGGAUCCAACUCAAUGAUAAUACACAUAUAUACCAUGCAGACUUGAAGCAAGGGAUGUGGAAAUGCAAUCUCACCAAGUGGGAUGAAGACCAUCGGAUUGGAGAUACAUGUACUCAUUUUGGGAAAGUAUUGACGAAUGAUUAAAUUGCUGAUUUCCAAUGUGUUUGGAAAUUUCAGUACAUUGGGGGCAGUUUCAUAUCUGCAUUCCCAUUUGCUUCUUGUACAAAAUGUGUAGGUGUCCGUCCUAUUGUAAAGUAUAUAUUUUGUGUAGUGAUCAGGGAGAAACACCGACUUUUGAAUCUUUGCUUCACUCUUAAACUUGGGUUUGUGAUGAUGAUUUAAGGCAGAUAUACUUCUUUUAUA